GCCAGGUCAUCAUUUCUUUCAUCUCUCGCUGUCCAGUAAAAUCUUUGAUCGUCUCAAUUUCCUUGAAGAUGAAGAUUAUUCUGCCCAUUAUACUUUAGGAGUCCCAGCACAUACAGGAACACAUUAAGGACUAAGGUUUGAUAACAUAGCAAAACGUGAUUCCUCAAUUGCAAGUUACAUUUUUCUGUGUGAUGCAGGUGAAGAGUUUAUCUGACAGAUGAAGGAUAUGGCUCACACUGUGCUUAUUUUACUCUUUCUACUAAAGCUCUUGUGUGGUGUGUCUUGUGAUGGAGAGAAUACAGUGAUGCACAACACUCAUAAUACUGAAAUCCCAGCUCCUGAAAUUAUCAGAGAUUAUCCACCAUGUGAAGGAAGUUUAAGCUCAAAAUGUCUUGUUGCUUGUUCGGUAUCGAACGUGGCAGACGCUCAGCUCUCGUGGUAUAACGGAAGCAAGUUGUACUCAAGCCUCAGGAUUUCUGAUCUCAACAAAAUCCUAUAUCUUGUAGUGGAAUAUGAUGAGACAAACAACUACAGCUGUAUGGUUUCCAGUUCAGGCAUCAGUAAUACUUCAUAUGCCAAUAUUUCCAGUCUCUGUCACUCAUGUUUAGUUAAAAAUACCACAACAAUUCAAGCGAGUGAAGGGGGGUCAGUCACUUUACCCACUUACCUUACUGAACUGAAGGACGGAGAUGACAUCAUGUGGUUUUAUGAGCACACGUUCAUUUCAGAAUUCUAUAGAAGCAUAAUAACAUAUCAUGACUGUAAUGAUGGACGAUUCUAUAACAGACUUCAACUGGAUGGUAUAAAUGGAUCACUCACUAUCAGGAACCUCACUAAAUCCCACUCUGGAACCUAUAAAUUAAAGAGUCCUACUGGAUCAUUACUUGAUCACAAUCAACAGUUGUGUCAGGGUUAUAACAUUGUUGUCUUUGAUACUUUGCCCAUUCCUGUAAUCACCAAUGACUCAACACAGUGUUCAUCAUCAUCAUCAUCAAAAUGUGUGUUGUUGUGCUCAGUGAAUGUGACAAACGUGAGUCUCUCCUGGUAUAAUGGAAGCCGAUUAAACUCCAGCAUCAGUGUGUCUGAUCUCAAAAGAAGCAACUUUCUGUGUCUGGAGGUGGAAUAUCAGGAUACAAACACCUACAGCUGUGUGGUGAACAACCCAUUCACCAACAAAACUACACCACUUGACAUCCAUGACCUAUGUAAAGAACACAUCCAGGAUCAAACAAUUGAUUUUAAAAUUGUCAUCAUUUGUUUUGCUAUUGUUAUUAUUAUUAUUAUUACUGGUGUGUUGAUCUGGUGCUGCUGCAGGAGGAGGGGGUGUGCAAGUCAAGGGCACACAUACGAGCACAUAUGAGACUUGUGCAAAAUUCGAUUUUAAGAAAUUAAGAACUGAAAUUGUUUUAAUCAGUGUUGUUUGUAGAUAAGCAAUAAUCAGUCAGUCUUUCACUUUGCCUGUAUUUUUAUAUGAAUGAAGUUGUACCAUUAAGAGCCUUUAACCAUUGCUUUUUAAUAUAUUCAAAAUAUAAGACAUUGUUUUUGUAAGGUCCUAUUAAGGUUGUCUGAGAUUGAUUUUUUUAGCUGAACAUUUUAAAACUACUUUUCUCAAAAAUCUCAACGUAAUCGGGGCUACUGCACUAGAUUGUGAUACAGAAUAAAUGUAAUAAACAUGAGAAUAAACACAGA